CUCUCCGGUGUGUCGCUGCGCGUCGGGACCUGAAACCCGUCAAAGCCGCCGGGAUUCUGAGUGUGUGUGUAUGUGUGUGUGUGUGUGUGUCUCUGUGUAUGUGUGUGUGUGUGUGUGUGUGUGUGUCUCUGUGUUUUUACCGCAGCGCGAGCACACAGAGAGGCUGUUUGUGCUGAUGCUGCAGGAUCCAGUCCUCCCUGUUCCUCCCGGCUCUUUGGGAGCAGCGUUAUUUCCUUGUUCGCUUUUGUUUCUGAUCCCAGCAUGAUUCUGCUAACCUGCCGCUCCGGGUGUGUGCGGCUCGGUGUGUGUGCCUGCUGCUGUGGAUCGGCGUUGGAGAGGAGACGGACCCAGACAACAUAAUCUAUAUUUCACGGUCAAACCACGUCGGGAUUAAACCCCAAAGUUAAAGGUGUGAACCGGUGAGGCAACCCCCCCAUCUUCUACCCUGGGACUCAGCACAGGAGCUGAGGGAGACAUGAUGUUCAGCUCGGAGAUGGUGACGGUGGCGACGGCGAGGGAGGCUCUGCUCAGCUCGCGGCCUCAGUAGAGGCUUCCUUCUGCUUUCCGACCUGCUGUCCUUCACCUUCACGCCGCUUCCUCCUCUUCCCGCCCUCCGCCCGUCCGUGAGGAUGACCGUGGUUUCCACCGAGAACAUGGACGAGCACUCCACGCUGCCGGGUCACCCGCAGGACCUGUACCCGCCCGACGACGACCACGACGACCACGACUGCUGCGAGCGGGUCGUCAUCAACAUCUCCGGGCUGCGAUUCGAGACGCAGCUCAAGACGCUGGCGCAGUUCCCGGAGACGCUCCUUGGGAACCCGAAGAAGAGGAUGCGCUACUUCGACCCUCUACGCAACGAGUACUUCUUCGACCGGAAUCGCCCGAGUUUCGACGCCAUCUUGUACUACUACCAGUCCGGGGGGCGGCUGCGGCGGCCUGUGAACGUGCCGCUGGAUAUGUUCUCAGAGGAGAUAAAGUUUUACGAACUUGGCGCGGAGGCCAUGGAGAAGUUUCGAGAGGACGAGGGAUUUAUCCGCGAGGAGGAGCGCCCGCUGCCGGAGAAGGAGUUCCAGCGGCAGAUCUGGCUCCUGUUCGAGCACCCGGAGAGCUCGGGGCCUGCCCGGGGGAUCGCCAUCGUCUCUGUGAUGGUUAUUCUUAUUUCAAUAGUCAUAUUUUGUUUGGAGACUUUACCCGAGCUGAAGGAGGAUCCCAACCAGCGGACGAGGGUGGUGGGGAACAUCACCGUCUACUACAAACCCAACUUCCUCACCGACCCGUUUUUCGUGGUGGAGACGCUCUGCAUCAUCUGGUUUUCGUUUGAGUUGAUAGUGCGGUUUUUUGCGUGCCCCAGCAAGGCCGCGUUCUUUAAGAACAUGAUGAACUCGAUCGAUAUCGUGGCUAUAAUCCCGUACUUCAUCACGCUCGGAACGGAGCUGGCAGAAGACCCGGACCAGAAGGAGGGGAAAGGCAGCGGCGAGCAGGCCACAUCUCUGGCGAUUCUCAGGGUGAUCCGCCUGGUGAGGGUGUUCAGGAUCUUUAAGCUGUCCCGGCACUCCAAGGGGCUCCAGAUCCUCGGGCAAACUCUAAAGGCCAGCAUGAGGGAGCUUGGCUUGCUCAUCUUCUUCCUCUUCAUCGGGGUGAUUCUGUUCUCCAGCGCCGUGUACUUCGCCGAGGCCGAGGAGAAGGAGUCGUUCUUCACCAGCAUCCCGGACGCCUUCUGGUGGGCCGUGGUGUCGAUGACGACCGUGGGCUACGGGGACAUGUACCCCGUGACCAUCGGCGGGAAGAUUGUGGGGUCGCUGUGCGCCAUCGCCGGGGUCCUGACCAUCGCGCUGCCCGUGCCCGUCAUCGUGUCCAACUUCAACUACUUCUACCACCGCGAGACGGAGGGCGAGGAGCAGGCGCAGCUGCUCAACGUCAGCAACCAGAACUUGGCGUCGGAGACCAACUCGAGCCGCCGCAGCUCGUCAGCCGUCAGCAAGUCGGAGUACAUGGAGAUAGACGAGGACAUGAAGAACAGCAUCGAUAACUUUAGGGAAGCCAACCUUAGGACUGCCAACUGCACGGCACCGAGCCAGAACUGCGUGAACAAGGGGAAGCUGCUUACUGACGUGUGAGGCCGGCGGCCGGCGAGCGCUGUACAUAUUGUAGAAAGAAUAUCUCGAUGCUUUAUCUCCAUUGGUGCAUUUUACUCUUGUUUUGCAUUGAUCAUUCAGAACGUGUGAGGAGACUUUAAAAAAGGAGGCACACGUGAGUUCAUUUAUAUAGAACAGGUAGUUAUUUCACGAGGAACACUUCGACCAUAAAGACUUUGGCAAUAGCGCAAAACAUCAGCAGGUGUCGGGGGAAGGUUUGGGGUAAAUUAUUCACGAGUGUUAGGAAGAGCUCAGAACGUGUUGACCAUAGACGUCAGAAAAUGCUGUUUCAGCCUCUCAGAUGUACACAUUAGCUAUGCUUUGCUCUGUUUUAUAUCAUAUGGCAGAGAGUAUCUUUGACAAAACAAGACAUUUAAAGACAUCACCGUCGUCUUUUAGAAACUAGGGCGGACAUUUCAGCAUCUUAUUGAUCAAAACAUACUCGAUGUGAGGAUAUCUCAACCUUUGUUGCUUCAAUUUGGACCAAAUUGACCAGCUUCUACCAGACCAAAGAGAGACAUUAUGGGAGGUAUUAUGGAGUUGCAUGAUGGGAAAUGUAGGAACCAAACUUUAAACAAAAGUCAGGGUAUCUUUGGGUCCAAUAUAUCUGAAAACAUCCUAGAAAUGCAAUGAAACCCAGGGAGUGUCCCUGAAUCAGUACUGCCGUAUUCCUAUUUGCUUGGAGGUUGAUUUUGGACCAAGAUUUUAAUACUUAAUCUGAUGAAGCACAACUUCCUGUUCUCUCUGAGGUCUUUUUAAAUGCAAUCUAUAGACGAGCAGCUUGUUUUGGAUGCAUGUGGAUGAACACACCUCUUGUUCUGGAGCUUUUUAUGGAUGCAGAAGAGAAAAAGGAGCAAGAUUUUGUACAUUUGUGCAACUUCAUUUCCCUCAGCGGGAGUUUAGCCAGAUUGAUAAUGAAUUAAAAAAAAGACAAAAACCAGUUGAUCAGCAGAGGAUGGACAGCAGUGCAGUGAGAUAUGUGAACAGUUAAUAUUUAGUUUCAGGGUUGAAUAUAGAUGUCCAAAAUGACACAGCACUUAAAAUAUUGAGUAUAAACUGCAGCUCCAAAUGACUUGAAUUUAUCCCAAAAUCUCCCGACACCUCGCAGGCUUUGUGCAAAAAGACAAAAAAAAAGAAAAGCCCAUCUGAGAUUUGAGGAACACGUUUUAUGAGGACGACGCAUUUCGAGUGGAUUACAGAUUUAAAAUCAGGCGCGUUUUACCGCUUCUCUGCGGCACAUCCAGGGACACAUUUUUGGGAAAAGCUGAGAAGUUUUUCCCGGCACCUUACGGAGGAACAGACAGGAAGCGUGCCGCGCCUGGUGGAGGGUUUUCUGCUGCUGCUGCUGCUACAGGUCGGCCUGUGUGACGCCAUGCAACGCUCCUUUAUAUAAAGCAUGUGGAGACUCUCUUCUCUUAUAUCGGCAUGCACAAGAUGUUACCUCAUUUUUCAUUUUUCAUCUUCUGGAAAUACUUUUCUCUUUCUCAUUUGUUUUCACCAAAAGUGCACUGGCUAUUUAUUGUUUUUAUUUAAUUUAUUUCUGAGCAUUUACGUGUUGAAUGUUUAACGCAUUAAGGGAACAGGAACACUUCUUUUUCGAAGAUCACGGCAUGACAAAAAUACUAAAGCAUUAUGGCCUAAUUAGCUAUGGUAUAGCUAUGUAUACUCAAUGCAUGACUACAGUAUUAAAUUGCUUGCAGUUGAGGAGGGACUUCGGGGACGAUGCUCCUCACUAAGGUCACGCUAACGACAGGAACACGGUGCAUGACGGAGAUAACUGCGGAGGGGACAAAUCUGCUAAAAAAAACAGAGGAGAAAAAUAUCAGAAGAGAAACAUCUGACGCUCUCUUUAAAAAAUGACACUACAGAAAUAACAUUCAUUUAUUUGAAGCUUUGAUCUUUCGAUGACGGAGUGCAUGGGAUCAUUUUCAUGUGAUUUGUGACCCGAUUUCUUCUUUUUUUAAACAGUUUGAAGAAAGGACAGCAGUAAUAAUCUCAUCUAAAAUUAGUUUCUAGUGCCUUGAAGCCCGUCUCAUGAUAGAAUUGAAUGAAGUGCCUCCCGCUAUAAAGACAACAGAGAUGCAGCUUGUCCUUCCUGCCGUACAGAUGCACUCCUGGGCUCCAAACAUGUCGAGAAAGUUAUUCCUGUUCUGUGGGCCGACGUUAGCGCACUGGUUGAUGACACAUGGCUGCGAUGCACCACGAGGAGCUGGACUUUCUUCACAUCUGCAGCAAAUAGAUUAACAUUCCAGUAUUCUUAUCAAACAAGGAGGCUAUGACAGUAAAAGUACUCCCUGAUGUGACGGAUGUCGGAUGUGUUGUUAGAUAAUCUACAAACUCUUUUCUCUGAAUCCAAAUAACCCCAAAUAAUUAGCUUCUUGGGUUAGCUACAUUAGCUAACAGCAUGAGGUUGUGUUGCGUUCAGGAGCUCAGGCUCAUUGUUUUCAAAUUUCCGAAAAAUACAGAUCUUUACAAGACAUGCUCAGACGAGGCCGUAACCAGACCUGUAUGAACAUUGAAGUCCAGCACUGCUCUUUUAUGUUGUGUGUAGACCAGGUGUUCCUACUGAAGAGUACAGCAUUAAAGAAAACACACCAAUAUAGUUCAGAAAGACUCAGCUGCUAACGUUAGUUUAUAAUCAGACAGGAAGGAGGAAGUAGUGGAUUUGUUUGGGACUAUUUUCAGUGGUGGAUUAAUCCAGAUGUGUUUCUCUAAACCUGGCACUUUAAAGUUUCCAUGUCAGGUAACCCUCAGUGAGACUUGAUUUUGUUAGAAAUGGACUCUCUUUUGUGGGUAGAAGAGGACAAACGAAGGUACUAGUUAUGUUUCUCAGGCUUUGAAACCACUUGUUGAGAUAUAUGCUCUGUGGGUUUGAGUUUCAGCUGGAAAAUACAACCGAAAACCCCCCAACCUAAGUUAUAGGUUGCAAACACCUCAAAAUAAAGAGGAUCUGACUUCAGUGUUUUCAAAGCAGUUACGGCCCAGCCUGCAGCAUCGUCCGCAGCUAUCAACCGCUCAUAUUUCACUGUCCAUCAAGAGUUUAAAAAACAAAAUCACUGCCGUUCUCUGAUCUUGGGACCAAAAACAAGCUGCCGAACCAACAAGAUCGGCUCCUUUUUAGAGAGGAAUCUGUACACGUCUGAAAACCUGGACUCAAUGAGCCUUCGCUGCGGUGGUUUCAGGCUUCUGUUGUCCGACACGUCCUCGGAGGUUGGGACUUUGUUGCGGCAGAGGAUAUUAGGAGGGUAGAUAUGUGUUUGUGUGCCUGAGAGAGGAGAUAGAGACGGCUCCUCUGCAGAGCAUCUGAACAUGAGCAGCAUUAGUCACUCUGCAUGCCAGCAAAAUGGCUGCUGUUUGGUUCUGAGGGAGGAAGCACAUGGCUGUGAGGAGGACUGAUUUAUUCAUUGAGAUGUUAAAGGCAUCCCAGGAAACUGUUGGAUUUAAUGUCAGAAACAUGUCAAAUGCACCUAUUUUAUAUCAUGAAAAUGAAUCUGGAUUCCUUCCUUACUUCUGGCUCUCUGACAUGCACAACAUAUUCUGCUUUAUUUGAAUUAAUACAAAAGAAAAGAGGCUUUGUUUCAUCGAUUACAACUGAUUGAAUGAGCGUUAUCAGGGUCUGCUGAACAGACAGUGCAGUGUGCAGUACACCCACACUUUCUGCACUGUAAAAGUGAAACUAAAAAGGUUAAGCUGAGAAAUACACUGCAGGGAAUGAUUAUAGUUUGGGUUAAAUGAGACCGUAAAGCGAAAGUGAAGCAAAGAUAAGAACGUGUUAGUGUCACACAGGUCUCCUGGGUGGAAGUCCUUUAAUAUUUCAUCAGUAAUCCCUUUUACAUGCAUAUUUGAUCUAACCCAGCCUCCCUUUUUCAUCCUUUCACUCCUCUCAGUCUUUUAAAAUGCUUAAAAAGUAAGUGUGCUUGUCCUUUACCCGAGACCGUUUUGAUAAUAGGUAAAUCUUCAGACAUUAAAUCCAAACAGUUCUCACACUGCCAUGUGUUGUACCUAAGAGGUCGUUUCAGACUGAAAUACCGGCCAGAAAUACGACUGGUUUCACAAUAAUUUGCCAAAUAUGGAGUGGAGGUAGUUUAAAGAAACCCUGAGUCUUAGUGGCAUUGUUGGCCUGAACAACUCUCCAAUGUCUCUGCUUUGAACGAACAGAAAAGCACCUCAGAGUCUCUGAGUCAGGAGAGGUUGUGCAAAAGUUUGCAGACUUGUCAGACAGUUUUUAAAACCUCUCCCGCACCUGAACGUGAUCCGAGUUUGAAGGCAGCCUCGGUUCCUCGUCCUGCUUGAUUGUGUUGAGUUAGUUGGAUCUCUCAGCUGAGUUUCAUCCAACUAGAGUAUAAACAAUAAGAAACAGAUGAGAAGUUAACCAUAAUGUCUGGAAGGAGGUUGAAGUUGUCGGUGCAAAGGUAGAUACUAAUUCUGACGAGGAAGAUUGUAAAUAUAUAGUAAACACCCUCCAGCUCCUUUCCUGUUAGCUCACACCUGGCUAUAAUGCUCUUUACUGCACAGCAUGUCAGGGAAACACCCACAAAUAUAAACCGUUUUCAGCUAAAAUAAUCAAACAUUGCACUUAUCACCGGCAGAAACAUUACAUAAUAUUUCACGUGUGCUCGUUUAGAAUAUUUAAGAAGUAUAUACUCAGGUCUUUAAGUGCUGUUUUAGGCAUUAUAGAGCUCUUGAAGUCCAGACAUGUUAUUUAUAUAGUUGGUUUUUAUCUCGUGCAUGCACACAUUAUUGUCUUGAUCCAUAUUUUGAGCAAGAUUUUAGAUUUCACACGUUCAGGUUAUUUUGUGCACUCGAAAUAAGCAUUAAGGAGAUAUCAGUGAUUGUGCAACUAUAAGUUUCAUCCCGCUAGAGGUUUGUAGUUUUUCUGUUUUGCGCAGCAGGUGUGUGUCAUCAACCAGACCUCGGCUGCAGAAUCAAAUCCCUUUAAAUAUGAUUUAAGUAAAAUGAAAUCCUACAAAGGUGCUACGUGUUAAACAUGCAGUCGGUCCGAGGGAGCAAAAAGAUUACAAAAUUCAAAACAUUUCUCUUUAUUUAACGGAUGAAAUCACAAAACUAAUACGUUAAAUUGAAUAAAAAAAGAGAAUUCAGGGUAGCUGGUAGUUUUGUGGUUUUCAAUUGUAGUUUUGAGGCCAACGUUUGAGAUAUAUCUGCACCACGAAGGGACCAAAUGAAGUUUUUGUAGUUUUUCAUAUCAUCGGAGCAGCUGAACAAACGGAUGAUAAAUAACAGGUCUUUUUUUAGACUGCGGGUGAUUAUGUGUUCAAUAAAUGUUUCUUUUUAUAUGCAGAACAUGAAGAGGACGACAUUUCACUAAUUAAAGUCCAGUGUUUGUAAUUUAAUUUAUUUUACAAGCUUCAAAACUGCCAUGUAGAAAAAAAUCAACAAUCUGUUUGCCGACGAUUACACGCUAUAUAUUAGAGAGUCGCAUAUCAAAUACAUUCUGUUUAACUCUUCAUAUCAGGCUAUUAGGAGAAAUGUUUGGUUUGUUCAUCAUAUAAUAAUCUGUGACUGCUGAAAUAAGCCAUCAAUGCAGAGUUUCUCAACCUUUUUAGGGCUUAAAUAUUGAUUAUCCGUUGAUAUUUAUGACUAAAAAGCUGGGUUUUUGUUGUAAAACUGCAGAGAAAUGUGGGUUAGUCCCUCUGAGCACAUCACAAAUAAUGACCUAAUCCACUCAACCAUGAAAACACUGUAUGUGCUGUUAAUGCUUAUCUGAAUCAGACAUGUGUUUAUUUUGGAUAAAAGCAGCUUUCUCAACAUUAAACAUUAUUAUUAUUUAAAGGCUCAUUGAUCAGUUUUGAAGUCUGAAAUAUAGUUUAUUGACAAAACAAGUAAGUUACUCAACGUGAAAGGGUGUUUCAGUAAACAGGCAUCAGAAAUACUAUUAAUUACACUUUAACUCAGAUUGUGGGACCUAAAAGUUCAUUAUAAAGCAUAAAUAUGUGUUCUUGACGUUGAAAAUAGUGAAUAAUAUUUGGAUUUUGCUCAUUGGGUUCAAUUCAUCAAGGUCAACAAUCAAUUUGCAUCCCAAUGAUUUGAUUUCAGGCCCCACAAUUUGACUAGAAAUGCAACUGAAGAGAUUGCCAGCCUGUAAUAAUAUUUGUUGUGCACUAAAAUAGAUCAGUUCGCCUUUCAAACAUGUAAAAAUAAAGACAAUAGCACGUCAUCAGUUCCCAACGUCCAAUUUGAGAUGUCUCGCAGCUAUUUAUAACCGCUCAGAAAUCCCACAGGAACUCAGUUUACAAAGACGUGCAGAGCUAAAGUCACGCUAAAAAUAACCAGGGUGAGAAACUCUGCAUCAGUUUCACAGGAAGUGUUCACAGGAGUGUGUGUGAUUUAAAAAAGCCAUGAAGAAGAAGAAGAAGAAGAAGAGGAAGAGGAAGAAGAGUUCAAAAAGUACACUAUUUUAUAAGAAGAGGAAUCAUGUGGAGGUGAUACUGCAGAACUGAGACUGAUGCAUGAUGUUAACACUGAAAAACAAACAUUGCUAUUAACAGUACCAUUACUACAUGCUAUCUCCCUGCAGAAACCAGCUGGAUAAUUAGGAUUCUGUUGUCAUUUAGCAGUAUGUUCCCUAACGUACAGUCAUAAGCCAAAGUCUCGUAACGACAAAAUAUAAGAAAAGAUAAGCGCUGAGAUCCUCCCUGAACCCUGCAGUCAUCACUUCUUUUCUAAAACUAUUUUUCACUGCAGUAUGCAAUGUCUGUCAUUUGUUGGUGAGGCAUAACCUAUGCAAGGUUAGUCGACAAUUCACGUCCAUGAGCUCAUCAUAU